AUGACAUGGCCCGCCAACAACAAUCUGUCGUGGCCAGCACGCCGCGAUCCAAUUCACCCCGCCCAGCAACCGCACGACACGGAAAUGCACGACACGGUGGAGAGUGCCCACGACGUCAACAUGGAGGAUGCCGCGCAGCCCAACGGGACCGACCGACCGACCGAGACGAAUGGCCCAGAGGCAGUGAAUGGGGCCGAUCCUGUGACAAACGGAUCACACAAUAGUGGCGCAGAUGAGGCGCAGAAGAAUGGCCAAGGGGAGCAUUCUCCCACGGGCGAAGAUGUGUCUGACACCGCAUCGCAGCAAACAGCGCACAGAAUGACGACACGCACACGAGCACGAGCCCAUGCAGCCUCGACUCCUUCUCCACCUCACUCGCCAUCAGGCCAUGUCAACGCGAUACAUCCCCUGUUCAUACACCCCACCGAGUCGCUGCCAGACCGCGACUUUGGUCUCCCGCCAAACGAGGCAGAGGAGACGCGUAUGCUCCUCAUGGCGUACGUACAAAAGCAGGAAGAAGUCGCGCGCAUCACGUCCGACCUCUACCACGGCUUGCUGCAAGCUGACCGCAUGAGGCAAGACGUCUUCAAAUGGUCCAAAGCCGAAGGCCACAUAGGGGAGAUGAGCGAUGGCGAGGACUGGUACGACAAUGAGGAAUGGGGCCUUGAACAAGACUUGGCCAAGGGUCGUGAUGAAGAAGAGGAUGAAACUGCGGUAGCUGGGAAGAAGAGCACGAGGCAACGGCGCAAGCCUGACAAAGACGACCGUCACAUCUUCUGCACCAACUGUGCGGAUGCUACUGGGCUAUCAAGUUCUACAAACGCGCAACGAGUCUGUCCAGCAUGUAGCGCAUCACUUCACAAUCCAGACGAUGUGGUCAUUGCGGGUCUCAAUCCAUCCGAAGACUACAAGACUUCCGUGUUGAGUGGCCUCAGCCCAACAAUCAUCAUGGAGUGUGCAAGCCGCGGUCUGGCCUUUCACAGCUACCAGACAUCGCAGGAGAUUAUCUACCAAGAACAUCUCGCAAAGGGUCUUACGGAAAAAUACAAUACGUUGAGCCAACAGAUGGAUCAGCUCAUUCAUGACGCCGAUGCCCAAAUCAAAGCGCUCCAGGACAAGAUGCAAGCGAUGCAAGCGGAUUUGGCAGAGCUCGAAUCCAAGAAUCACGGGUUUGCGGAAGCUUUCAAGGAAAAAACCAAGGCGCAUCAAAGGACACAGAACCUCUACCAAGCGCUGAAAGCUCAAGUCAUGGCUUCGCAGGUUGCUCACGCUGCUGGAGAUGAAGCUGAAUUCACACUACAGACGGCCCGGGGGAAUCGCUUGAUUGAUCAUUUGCCAGGCGCCCGGUCUGGCACUGCCAAUCUCAGUCAGGUGGGCAUGACACAACAGGCAGGUAGCAGACUACACAACAGAGUUACUAGUCGGAGCUCCGGUAGCAGUGGGAGACAUCAGCAGAGCGGUGUUCACGUUGGCCCUUCCUUCAAUUCACAGCUGCACGGACGGGGACUUACCGGUAGAGUUCUUAAUAAUCAAUCUGCUUCGACUGGUACACCUUUGCAAGCUCGCAGGAGUCGCCUUCCAGUCCUCGGCGGAACACGUCAAAACCCAUAUCUGAACCAACAAUCGACGCCCUCGUUUCAGAGAUCAACAAUGACCAGACAGCCAAUGGGUGUUGGUAGUGCCGUGCAGGAUUUGGGUGGUUUUGCGCAUAGCCGCAGGUCGUCGAGGAAUGCUGAGUAG